AUGGUGAAAGAGAGCCAUCAAGAACUCCCCAUAGAGGAGGAGGAUUCAAUACACCUAGAGGGGGAAGAGAUUGAGGAAGAGUUGCUAGAGGAUGAAAAUGCAGUAUUGUCUUCAUCCAAAACUGAGCACACUGAUGAAAAUGACACAGAAAGUCUAUCUGAAUUUGGGCCAGAGCAACCCAAUAAUUAUACACAAACCGAUGUUGUAUCCAGUGAUGUGUUGGAUGUGGUCCAACACGACGAGGCUAUUGACAUAGAACCUGAGGUGCAUGAGACUGAAAAUGAUGCUGAAAGCCACACACCCUCACUUAAAGAUAAAGUUCUGGAUCCCCUUCCAAACAAAGAGGCGGAAUACAGUGACAAUGUGUUGAGGCUGACACUAUUGCGAGACCGCUGCAAGGAGAAGGAUAUGGAGCGCCUCCAAAAGAUUCUAGGUCCUCAGAACCUCUUUAGGUUGGAGUUCCUGUUUUUUGACCUGGAGCUGAAGGCUGCCCGGCUGUCCCAGACAAACGCCCGUGAGGACAUUGAAAAGGUGCUGGAAGCCAUUUUGGAAGCCUCUGAAACCCCAAUCCUGGAUGAGAUUGAGAGGAUGCUGGAUGCCCAUGAGAACGCUGACCAGCAGCAGGAGUUUGUUGAGGAAGCUUCCAUCUUGGACGACUUCCAGGAAUUGGUGUUCACCCUGCGUCAGAAGUACUCAACGGCCAGAAACAGUGCUCCCAUGGCAGUGGGCAGUCAACUACACCCUGACACAGAUGGGGAUAUGUCUGAUGCGGAGGAAGAGAAGACAUUCCUGCACUCUGUGGAGGACACAGACAAGGACAACCUCACUGUGACAGAAUCGGGUGAAGAGACUAAGGCACCUGAGAAGCCUGCCCAUGAGGGUCACAAGAUACCAGAUAUGGGCAUUGAGGAGGAUGGAUCUCUGGAGUCACCUCCUGUCACUGAUUUCCAUGAAGAUGAGCAGAGUGGUUCAUCAUUUGUAUCAGUGCUAAUUUUAUCUGGUCGUCUCGUCACCCUGUUUUAUGAGUAUCUUGGAAUAUAUGGUGUUAUGAUGGUCACCAGCCUGCCAGAGCACUGGAAGCCAGGUCCAGACUUCUACGGCGUGUCCUGUGAACCCGUGCUGAUCACUGCAGGUGCCGGGGUCAUCGGCUUCCUCUUCUGGAGGAGCAUUCUAUCUGUCAAAAGCAAGUCAUAUCUAAAAAUGGUGGACAGGAUGAAAAAGCUUGAACAAGAGAAGAAGGAGAUACUCCAAAAGGUCGCUGAACUGCAGCAACAGGGCGAAGAACUUAAAGAAAAGCAAAAGCUGUCUGAAAAAUCUGCCACUUUAUCUCUGGAGAAGAUCCAGGAAUUGGAGAAUAUUGUGCAAGAGAUGGAGAGACAAAAUGAGCGCCUGGACAAGGAAAAUAACUUACACGCCAUAUCCUUUGACAAAGAGCGGGCCAAUACUGCGAAACAUGAAGAUAUGAUGUCCGAAAUGGACAAAACCAUUGAGAAGUUGAAGCGCAGCAAGAAGAAGACCCAGGAUGCACUGUCGAAGUCUACCAUUCUGAUGGAUGAAGCCAAGCUCCGCGAAGAUGCCCGGAAUGUCCAGGUCCAGGUUCUGGAGAAGGAUAUUGCCACCCUGAAGGAGGAGAACCUCUCGCUGCACCAUGCUGCCAAGUUGUGGGAGGAGAAGCACAGGGAGACAAGCGAGCAGAUCAAAGUCUACCAGAAGUCCCAGAAAGACCUGGAGGAUUCCCUCCUUCAGAAGGACCACAACGUUGAGGUUCUAUCUGACCUGCUAGGAGACCUGGAGGCCUGCGAUGACCUGAAAGGUGGAGUUGUUGCUAACGGGGUAGCCUCUAACGACAAGCAGACCAUCAUCCAAAACCGCCAUAAGCAAAUGAUGGAUGUCUCUCGGGUCCAGACCACUCUGUCUGUUGUGGAGGAAGAGCGCGAUCGCUUCAUGACCAAGCUGCUGAACGAAGAGAAGUCCAGGAAUGAGCUGGAAGAGCAAUUUCAGAAGCUGGAGCAUGACAUCUUGUUGGUGAAAAGUGACAAGAACCACCUGGAGAACCAGUACAAGACCCUGCAGCAGAAGAAUGACAUCAUGACAGAGAUGUACCAGCAGAAGGAGAACGCUUUGCAGCAGAAGCUGACCAAGGAGGAGUUUGAGCGCCCCAACAGGGAAGACCGGCUGACGGAGAUGGAUGGCAAGGCCCUAGAGGAGGAGGUCAAGGUGUGUAGGCAGCGCGUUAAGGAGAUCCAGGACGAGCUGAAAUGGACCGAGAAGUUCUACAAAGCUCAGAUCAUUGAGCAGGAGCAGAAAUCUCACGAGAACUGGGUGAUUGCACGCGCCGCAGAGCGAGCUCUGUUCGACGAGAAGAAGGAAACAACUAACAUUCGUAACUUACUGACUGACAUGUCCAGCAACCUGAAGGAGCUCUGUAGGCCUCUGUUCAAGCCCACCCCUGGGAUGGCUCCCAUGCCUCUCCGACGAGGCCCUGUAAGAAGUUCACGGGUGCCCCCCCCUCCCCCUGUGGGGCGAAGGAACAAGCCCUACCGACCACGACCUCACUCUGACCCUCACGGCCGCCGUUACUCUCCGUACCACAAACACCCAGUGGCUGCUAGACCUGACACCAUGGCCCCACGUACAUCCUCACCAAGCAAUCUGGGCAGCUCGAACUCUCGACCUCAGGGUCCUGGCUCCCUGCUAGUCUCUCCCAUCAGCUCCCCCCUCGACUCAAGCCUCAGACCAGUCAUCAGCCAUCCCUCCGGACACUGCCACCGUCCCCUUCCCGGACCACACCACAUCCCUCCUCCCCCACCCUUCAUGCCUCCCGUGUACCGACCAGACAACGGACACUCAGGCAUGAUGCCUCCUGGACCCCCACCGCCUAACGGACACCCGCCUGGUCCAAUGAUACCACCCGGACAUCGGCCUCCACCUCCUGGUGCUUACGGUCCCUCUUCCCCACACAACCGGUACCUUCCUCCACCUCCUCACUAUGGACCGGUGCCUCCUCCAUUCGGACCCCCACAUACCUACGUGCACUAUGGACCACUUGAUCACUCCAUCCCACUCCGACACCUGCCCCCUGGGGUGGCCCCAUUCCCUCUUCAUGUCGGCCCCAAAGACUUCCCUGUGCAGCCACAGGUCCCACAUGGCCAUGACUCUUCAGUGGGCCCCCAGCCCGACGCUGGCCCCCAGGGCCAGGGGCAAGACUACAGCUCCCAGCAGGCAACAGCUGCCCCCCAUGACUCAGUCAGCUCUGCCAUGGCAGAGCCUUAGACACCUGCCAACCGUUAACGACCUGGCUACAUUUAAUCAACCACGAUUCAUCUCUUUAUUUUUUCCUUUUUGUUUUUAAUAUGCUGAAAAUAAAUAUCAUAUGAUAUACUUGCAAACAACAGAAGUAUCUAAAAAGUUAGUGUUCCUAUUAAAGCAUCAGAAAAUCAAUGUCUUAUGUUUCGUGUCUGAAAUGUAAUAACGACUUGAAGAGGAGUAGAACUGAGGCUUGUUACUCUGCAAGUCCUAUUGUGCAAUAACAUUUCUAUUGUAUGACUGAGGAUUUUAAGUUUUUGAAAGGGUAUUAUGUUGAUUUUGUAUUCAUUUCACAAUGUUAUCAUGGUUUCCUGUGGAAAUUAUUGAAAAUAAAUGGACCCCAAGCUUUUGGGUUGCUUGAUCGAUCAUUUCAGAAGUACCAUAUUAUCUUAACUCUUCCCCAAACUCUCUUCAGAAUGAACUGAAAAGGAAAGUUGUGUAAGUUGAAAGUCAAAGAUGUAUUUGCUGUUCUUAGGAUAUUUUAUUAAUAAAACUGGUAAAAGGUA